AUGACGCCUUUCAAAUGCUUGCUUCCAGUUCUUCUUGCGACCAGCAGUCACCCACCACCACCAAAACUUCACAGCGUUUCGGAGGUUGCUGUCAGUACAGGAUCUCGUGUUGUCUGUGACGUUGCCGUGGUAGGGUCCGGUUUCGCUGGGCUCAGCGCGGCCAUAGAAGCUUCGUCGCAGCUUCCAGACAAUGCGAAGAUUCUCAUUGUCGAGAAAAACCAUGUGGUCGGUGGCAACUCUGUCAUGAAUGCUGGGCAGAUCGCCUGUGUUGGAUCAGAGGCGCAACAACUUGCCAACAUCGAAGACAGCGUCGAGCUCAUGAUGGAGGACAUGCUCAAGGCUGGAGUUGAUCUGAACCAUCCUCACCUACUAAGAAAGAUGAUCGAAGAAAGCAACAAUGUCGUCAAAUGGACUGAGCAAGAGUUGGGAAUUGAGUACAGAGAACGAGUCACUCAGAUGGGAGGACACUCAGUCCCACGGACUCUGAGUACCCUGAACGCUUCGGGGAAUGACAUUGUUCGACCAAUGCUCAGCGCCGUCCAAGGAAAAACCAAUGUAGAGCUCUUGCUGGAUACGUCGUUUCAGAGUUUUAUCAUGAACGACCGCGGUGACAGAGUCCAAGGCAUCCGUGUCAAGAACGCCAAGAAAGGCGAUGAAACAGAAAUCCUGUGCAAAAGAGGAGUUGUGGCUGCUUCUGGUGGCUUUAGCGCUGAUGUUCCCUUCCGUUCCAUCCAGAACCCAUCGUUUGACGAGAAAGUCAUGAGCACAAACCAACCCGGAGCAACUGCAGAAGUUCUGAAAGAGGCGCUCAGGAUCGGGGCGAUGCCAGUGCAACUCUCACGUAUCCAACUCGGCCCGUGGACUAGCCCGGACGAGCACGGCUUUGGCAAGGCGCCAUUCUUUUGCUUGGGGGCAGGAUUUCCUUAUGGAAUCAUUGUAGAUCCCGAGACUUCCAAGAGAUUUGUCAACGAGCUUGGUAACCGCUUUGAACGAUCCAUGUCCAUUCUGAAAAUGGGCCACCCAGCUGUGUGCAUUGUCGAUGCCGAAGGGGCACAACACAGUCUCAAACCGGAUUUGGAAGAACUCGAGCCAACGGUGAAGCCUUUCCAAAGUCUAGAAGAGCUCUGUGAACACUACGGCAUGAGUCCACAAGUGUUGGCUCAAACAGUGAAAGACUACAAUGACGGGGUAGCCACUGGCAAAGAUGAGGAGUUUGGCAAGCCAUUUCGAGACGAUAUCAAACCUAUUGAAACAGCGCCGUUCUAUGGCGUGCGACUUUGGCCAAAGGUUCAUCAUACGAUGGGAGGCCUCCAAAUCGACGAGAAUGCCUCCGUUCUCAAUCUCGAUGGAAACCCCAUCGAGGGACUCUAUGCAGCAGGCGAAGUUGCUGGAGGCAUUCAUGGAGGAGACAGACUGGGCAGCUGUGCCACGCUAGACUGCUUGGCUUUUGGUCGAGUGGCGGGUAGAAAGGCAGCUUGUGCGACACCCAGCAUUGUGGUUCCACCCGAGUAG